UGUAGAAGUCCAGACACUGUCUUUACUGAGCUCCAGAAAACACAUCAGUAGUGGCGGAGAAGUAUGUGAGGAUGGUGCAGGACAUGCUUGAGGUUAGACAGUGAUGAAGUGUGCAGUCAGAGUGACAGUUGGGCUCGGGCCAGGUGUGGGUGUUGAUAUCAACGUUAGAUUUAUAAGACAGUAGAGUAGUUUCUUUUUCUCAUAAAAACACUGAAAAUGUGUUUAAUGUUUGAUGCGGAGACCUUGAACUCACCACUUCACUGUGACCUCGGUCUGUCCCGGGUGUUAUGGAAGACAAGUGUCGUCAAUGUGUCUUUUACAGCUCAACUGUCUGUAAACGUGGGGUAACUGUAGGACAUAGACAAAUGUACCUGAUGUCGGCAUUUAUGACUCUUAAGUUCAAAGUAUUUGUAGUAUAAAAAAAAUCACCGCAUGGUGCGUAAGAAGGCACAAGGAAAUCAAGGGUAAGGCCGUGCUUAAAGCUAGAAAAAUGCUAAUAAGAGAAUAUAACACAUUUUAAUUUUAUUAGUCUUACUGGAAAAGUAUAUGACAGGGAGACUGUAGUACUACUGUAUAUGAAGAAGUCUUUAGUGGCAGAGAAAUAUAUAAGAGAGUAAAUGAUGUUCCUAAGGCCAGCUAGCCGGUGGUUAUACAGUACAGUGCAGUCAGAGUGACAGAUGGGUUCAAGGUAGGGUUGGGAUACAUCAGAGUUCUUUUGGCUCCUUUUUGUUUGCAAUGGUGGUGAACAGGUAGACCAUUGAGGUCAGGCAGAAGCGCUGUGGUCACAAUAUUUGCAGAUGACAUUGUAAUAUGUAUAGAGGUAAAUAUUGUAAGAGAAUAACUCACGUUUUUCUUACUUCUCCUUCAGGUUCCUGUUGUGGUUUCUCUUAUCCUGGUUCACUGAACAUUUGUACCCACAGCUACACAGUGAUGUUGCCAUUUGGCUCGAUUCCUUUUUUAGAGUAAUUAUUUGGCAUCCAUCCAUCCAUCCAUCCAUCCUGCAGCCUCUGUCUCUCUCCUCGUCUCUCAGGAUCUUCCUGGGUAUUCUGGGCUUCGGCCUCUCCAUCAUGUUCUGCACCACCUUCUGUCGAGCUUGCAGCCGCCUGCGGCAGGAGGAGAUAGAACGAGAGGUGAUGAGACGCAGUGAGCAAGACGGUCGCCAACCUCCUAUAUAUUUCAUCCCCUUCCCACGCAGCCUAUCACAGGCAGACAUCGAAGAGGCCAGCGUUCCCCGUUACAGCCAGGAGAACUUCACACCUCCACAGUACAACCCCGCCUAUUGUGGACCCCCGCCUUCCUAUAAUGAGCCUUGGUCGUCGGUCCAGCAGAAAACACCAAAAUGCCCAGCAACAGGAAGAAGAACAAGCGCCGCAUGAAGAGGGUGCAGGCCCAAAGGAGAUUCCUCGAAGACCCCUGCGAAGACACCAAAGAAAGCAGCUGAAGCUCCAGCACCAGCUGGAGAGGAUCCUGGAGGCCAUUCCCAUCAGGGUGCCUGUUGUGGAGAUCUGCAAGGAGGAACCAAAACCAAUGGUGGCACCAGUAGAGACUAACGCAGUGCCAGACAUCAGCAAAGAAACCCUGGUGGUCUCCAAAGUGGUAAAUGAGGAAACCGUGGUGCUAUCUGAAGAAGUGCUCGUUAUCACUGAAGUUACUCCAGUUGUUGUAGAAGACACACCAGUAGGCACCGAAGAAACACCAAUGGUCACCAAAGAAACACCGGUCAUCGUCGAAGAAACACCAGUGGUCGCAGAGGAAACACCAGUUGUUGCCAAAGAAACACCAGUGGUUGCCAAAGAAACACCAGUGUUCGUUGAAGAAACACCAGUGGUCGUCAAAGAAACACAAGUCGUUGUCGAAGAAACGACUCAAGAAAUACCAGUUGUCACUGAAGAAACACCAGUGAUCCCUAAAGAAGCAUCAGUGACUACCGAAGUAACACCAGUGGUCAGGGAAGAUGUACCAGUGACAACUCUACAAAUACCAGUCGUCACUGAAGAAACAACAGUCGUCACUGAAGCAACAACAGUCAUAACAGAAGCAACACCAGCAGUUGCAGAAGAAACGCUAUUUGUCGAGUCUUUAUCAGUGGAGCCCUCUGUAGUCCCAGCUGGUCAAGUGCAGGAGUGUGAACCCGUCGUUCCUCAUACAGAACUGGCGACAGAGGUACAGUCUGUUGAUGCCACAGUCCUUACAGUUGAACCAGAACAGAAGAACCUGUGGUGGAAGAACCCGCCCUCCAGGUUUCGCCAGAGGCAGAACCUGCAGCAACUGAAGAGGCCACGGAAACGGUCGUGGUGGAGAAGGAGAAGGAGACCGUGAUAGUGGAGGCGGAGGAACCACAGGAGAAGACUGAAGACGUCGUGAUCAUCCCAGCUCCUGGCAAAGAGGAGAAAAAGGAUGAAGCGGAAGUGAUGGCUGAGGAGAGCAAACCUGAAGUCCCAGCUGAGCCUCUGACAACCACAGAGUUGUGCAGUGUCCCUGAAGUUCUACUAGAGGUGACUCUUGUGCCUCAAGUGAAGGAGGUCACACCUGAGGUCCCCGCCCCACUGGAAGCCCCCGACACGAUGGUGGAUGACUUUGUCGUCACAGACCCCAUCACAGCAGUGGGAGAAACUAUUGCCGGCUCAGCAGUUACACAGCAGGAAAUGUCCAUGGAGAAAACCUUGAACGGACACAUUGUUCCAGAGGAUUCCAUCGAAGGCUAGAGCCACGGGACGGAGCUCGGCAGACGUUCCUUCUUUUUAUUCCCGGUCACAAUUUUCGAAGAUUGAAGGCUUU